AUGGGCUUCUGUGGCGAGUGUGGUUCUUAUUUAGCUCCUGACUUACAAGGAACAUUUUGUCCUGAAUGUGGGGAAGCAAUUGCUGGCGCCGCGCCGGUUGCACCGUCCCCAGUUACACCGUCUCCUGUUCGUCAUGUAACGUUUGCUCCAACUUUAAAUGCGGAGAGUGAAGCCGCCCGUCGGCGUGAGGAAGCAGAACGACAAGCUCAAGAAGCUCGUGAACGUGCUGAGGCAAUGAGACUCUCAGCACAAAAUGCGAUUUUGGACUAUGAAGCGCAGCAGCGUGCCGCGGCGGAGCGAGAAAAUGCGCGUCGACAACAAGAAUUGGAAGCCCAGAGACAACAACAUUUACAGGUUGCCCAAGAAGCUCGUGCACGUCGAGAAGAGGCCGAAAGAUUGGCGCAGGAAAAGCUGGCAAAGGCUGAAAGGUUGAGAGCUGAAGCACAGGCAGCGCAAGAGGAGAUGAAAAAACAAGAAGCGAAGCGUGCAGCUAAGGAAAAGCAGAGGGAAGAGGCUCGAAGAUUGCGCGAGGAACAGGCACGACGUGAAGAGAACCGACGAAAAGCUGAGGAAGAAGCACGCAAAGCGUUUGAAAUGAAAAGACAGGAGGAACAAUUGCGGCAACAGGCAUUGCAACUUUCGACAAUGUCGAUUGGCUCGAGUACUCCUACACCAGCGCCAACGCCGGCUUCCAAAUCGUGUAUAUCCUGCCAUUCUGCGCUGAAACCCGCUCAAAAGUUUUGCCUGCAGUGCGGAACUAAAGUGAACGGUGCGCUUUCGGCUAGUUCCAGUGUAUCGUCGCCCGGUUCGUUCGCGUCUGGCAAUAAUCUCUCAUCGUUGCCGCGUACGAACUCGUCACUAUCAAAUUCGUCGUCUUCAUCAUCGCUUUCUAGUGGCGAGCACAACUGCGCAUCGUGUCAAUUUACACUUAAAGCGACUCAAAAAUUUUGCCCAAAGUGUGGUACAAAAGUCGCAGUAGCUGCUACUUCUUUUCAAGCUCCAUCGCCUAUGUCUUCUGUCAGUUCAACUUCUUCAUUUUCUGCAUCAAAUGCAGCCCCGACAGCUCCAAAUACUUGCUUGAAAUGCAGUCAACUCUUAAGGCCGACUCAGAAGUUCUGCCUAAAUUGUGGGACCAAAGUGGCAACACCAGCAGCCUCGACUCCAACCUUGUCCUCUUCGUUCUCGUCUGCGUCAUCAUUGUAUACUUCCGUGCCGUUGCCUGCUCCGAUUCCUACGUCGGGGUCGUGGUCAGCACCGUCUUCGCAGCCUGAUACCAAGAAGUGCCCUUCGUGCAGUAAAGAGUGCAAGGAGACAGCCAAGUUUUGCAUGGGUUGCGGCUUUAACUUUACCAAGAGCGACGAUGACGAAGUCGCGCGUAACAUGGAAAGAGCUCGUCAGCGUCAGCAGCAAGUGCGCGACCGAGAGCAGCAACAGCGCAACCAGGCCUCCCUCAUGGCCAACCAGGCUGCGCAAGCUUACCAGCCUUCCUGGUAG